AGGCUGCGCCAGGAGGAGAACGCGAAUUUUCCACUGGUCAGUUGUGCGCUUUGGGACCCCUGGUGUGUGUGUGUGUGUUUUCCCCCAACUGCGGGUGGUUUACGUUACGCAUAACCUCGCGCGUGAAGCGUACUUGGGAAAAAAUCAAAGCAGAUGAAAUAGGGCAUCUUGUACAGCGCUCAUCUGAAAUGUAGUUUUCACUUCCGCCUGAUGUCCUCGCGCAGCGGACGGAGCUGAAGUUGAGGAAUUAAAAUAUCGCCAAGGUCACGCAGGAAGCAGGUGGAGUCAUGCAGCUGCCUCAGGGCUCAGAAACCAUGGAGGGACUGUACUUUGAAGUGAAGCCAAGAAGAAAUGAAGCCCAGAGGCCACAGGGCUUUGAUAAACCAAGUCGCCUUCUAACCUCUAACCACCGCUCGUGUCCAUCACUGUCCCAUCUCACCUCUUCCACUCAAAGCUCCCAUACAUGGAGGGGACAGGUGGAUGAGGAGGCAGAGGAGGAGAUAAAAUACAAACUAACAAUGAUUGGUUCUCGGAGAGUCCACCAUCUAACCACCAUGGCCAUGUUGCCCUGGGUGGUGGCUGAAAUCUGCAGGUCUGCAGGGAAGGAUUCAGGUGCAGGGCUGCGUUGUGGUGGGGCUGGAGGUGGUCAGCUGGAUUCUACUGCAUGCAAUAAGACGAUUUUAUUAUGCGUGUCGGCUUCCUGGGUACGGUGUGUGUCUGCUCUAGGAGAGCAACGUCUUUGGGACCCUCUGACACAUACUUUGUUGUUUGAAUGUCGUCCCCACCAAGUGACCAAGCUAAUUCACAACAGCCAGGAGCCCAGUAUCUUUGCCUGUCUGGUGAGAGACACACCAAAGUGUGCCUGCUAUAUCUUCCAGUGCCAGGACAGUACCAAGGUCCCUGAGAUCAUCAGUACGUUAAGGCAGGCCGGCAAAAGCUCAGCACGCAACAAUGACAUCACCGCUGUUUCCAACGAGACUUCCACGGGUUCUGGAGGCAGCAGUGACUCUGAAACAUGUUUUUCCUCUCUCUCCACUACAACAAACUCCGCAGCUCCCACUUCUGUUGUGUCUCCAACAACCUUUGCCAAAAAGUUUGAGGUACUGUUUUGCGGCCGAGUGAGUGUUGCUCACAAGAAAGCCCCACCUGCGCUGAUAGAUGAGUGCAUCGAGAAGUUUAGCCAGCUGCAUGGCUCGGGGACAACUGAUAAAGGUGGAAGUGUUGGUGGAUUGGUGGUUGGGCUAAAGAGGGCAUUUUCCUUUCAGUCCAAUGGACUGGGAAGUGGUUCUGUCGGUAAUGGUGGAACUGGGAGCGCCACCCCAGGGGCACGCCCUGUUCUGUUCAAGCGAGACCCCAGCUUCCCCAGUCUGCAUGCCCUUGAUGAAAAUGGUCUUUCACCAGAGAUAUCCAAUACCAACACUUCAGAUCCACUCACCAGCUCCACUAAAGUGCAGCCCACCAGCCUACAGGAGAACAGGACCAUGCUGUUUACGGUGGGCAAGUCUCAGAUCUUCUUGGUUAGUCCAGACACUAAGAAAGUUGCCAUUGAGAAGAGUUUCAGAGAAAUCUCCUUCUGCUCACAGGGCAUUCGUCAUGUUGAUCACUUCGGCUUCAUUUGCAGAGAAACAGUUGAAGGGGGAAACUGCCACUUUGUGUGCUAUGUCUUCCAGUGCACGGAUGAAUCUCUGGUGGAUGAGAUCAUGCUAACGUUGAAGCAAGCCUUCUCUGUGGCAGCCUUGCAGCAGAAUGCAAAGACCCAGAGCCAGCAAUGUGACGGCUGCCCCAUGCAGCAGCUCCACAGGCUGUGUGAGAGAAUAGAAGGUCUGCAUCCAUCUAAAACAAAGUUGGAGCUUCAGAAACACUUGGCCACUUUGGACAAUCAAGAGCAGGCAUCAGUCUUUGAAAACACUAUGCGGGCUCGUCCCAAAACCGAUCAGGAGGAAAAUGAGUUGGUGAUGGCCUGUCUGCGGAAUCUUUAUGAGGAGAAACAGAAAAACCACCAGCACACACUUCCUGGAGAAAACAAACAGGUGUGUGAGGACGCAGUUCCAGUAGCCCAGGAGGUACAACUGCAGAGUAGCAGUCGGCAGCGUCUUGAGCAGUUCAAGAGCCGUGCAAAGCGUUCUCUCACAGAGUCCUUGGAAGGUAUCUGGAAGGGAAGCAAUAAGACCAAACCUCAGCGGGACAACAGCGAAGGAAGCGAGAGCAUCUCUUCUGUUAGUACUGUCAACAGCAGCCAGGAUCAGCCCUAUUUUGAUGACCCCUUGCCUGCCUCCUCUCCUCUACGACCCACCAGCCCUCUCAGAUGUCACAACUCGACAGGAGACCUGAAGCGCCUUGAUGCUUCCCUUCUUUUGUCACCCUCCUCCUCGUCUUUGUCCUGCGAUACUGAGCCGCAGGGUUUCCGCCGACGAGCCAGCACCUUCAGUCAUUCCCCCACCUCCUCCUCAGUACUUGAGUACUCCCCACCACACAAAGUAACUCAAACACCACAGGAACCUGGUGCAGCUACCAAGCCCAAGCUUGUACGACACUACUCUGUCAGCACAGACUCCCCUCACCAAAGCAAUGAUGUAGCAGCUCUCUCUACAAGAGCUGCAUAUGUGAUCGGGGAAAGCCCACUGCGCAGCCACCGGCACUCUUGGAGACAGCAGAUCUUCCUACGGGUAGCUACACCUCAGAAAGGCACCGACACCAGCGAGCGGGUGGAUCCAUGUCUAGAGGGGAGUCGAAUAUGUGUCGUCCAGGUGGCCAGUGGUGCAAGCGGGGACUCAUCCAUGAUGGCAGUGCCAGAGGAGGGGACAAAGAGGAGCAAAGAGGAGCUGAGGGAGCUGUGGAGGAAGGCCAUCCUGCAGCAGAUCCUGCUGCAGAGGAUGGAAAGGGAGAACCAAAAACUACAAGCCUCAGAGAGCGAUCUGCAGAACAAACGUCUGAAGUUGGACUAUGAGGAAAUCACUCCAUGUCUGAAGGAUGUCACUCUAGUCUGGGAGAAAAUGCUGGGAACUCCUGGAAGAACAAAGGUCAAGUUUGACACAGAGACUGUACAUGCUGCAGUUGCACAAGGUGUCCCACGGCAGCACCGAGGAGAGAUAUGGAAGUUCCUGUCUGAGCAGUAUCUGCUCAGACAAACAGUCCCUUCCCGACCUCCCUCCAACCAUACUCCAUAUAAGGAGCUGCUGAAACAGCUCACCUCGCAGCAACAUGCCAUCCUCAUAGACCUAGGUCGCACUUUUCCCACUCAUCCAUAUUUCCAAGCCCAGCUUGGGGCAGGACAGCUGUCUCUAUAUAAUAUACUGAAAGCUUACUCAUUGCUUGACCCUGAGGUUGGCUACUGCCAGGGCUUGUCCUUCAUUGCUGGUGUGCUGCUUUUACACAUGGGGGAAGAAGACGCUUUCAACAUGCUCAAAUUUCUCAUGUAUGACAUUGGGCUUCGUAAACAGUACAGACCCGAUAUGAUUAUCCUACAGAUUCAGAUGUACCAGCUGUCGCGGCUGCUUCAUGACUACCACAGGGAUCUGCACAGCCACCUGGAGCAGCAAGAGAUCGGACCCAGCUUGUACGCCACCCCCUGGUUUCUCACUUUAUUCGCCUCCCACUUUCCUCUCGGCUUUGUGGCCCGUGUCUUCGAUAUGCUGUUUCUCCAGGGCUCAGAGGUCAUCUUCAAGGUAGCAUUGAGCCUGUUAGGAAGCCACAAGCCUUUAAUCCUUCAGCAUGACAACCUGGAGUCAAUAGUGGACUUCAUCAAGACCACGCUGCCCAACCUGGGCCUGGUGCAGAUGGAGAAAACUAUCAACCAGGUUUGUGAGAUGGACGUAUCGAAGCAGCUCCAGGCCUAUGAGGUAGAGUACCAUGUGCUGCAGGAUGAACUGCUGGACACACCGCCAACCCUCAACCAGCAACAGCGAGCAGCACAGCUGGAGAGAACCAACCAGAGCCUGAGACAGCAGAACUUAGACCUGCUGGAAGAGCUGCAGGUGUCCCACGCACGAGUCUGCAGCCUGGAGAGUCGACUGGAGGCUUUGGCCCAGUCGGAGGGCCAGCUAAAGGAGCAGGUUUCUUCACUUGAGGAGGAGAAGAACCAGCUGGUGAACACCGUCACACACCUCCAGGCCUUCCUCACCAGCCUGGGCAUACAGCUCAACCUUGAUGGACACACACUCCCCUCUUCCUCUGAAAUACAGACAACCACAGCAGCAUUGGACAGGACAGCAGACUCUGCCCCCCGACCCAGCUCUGCUUCCAAAAGAUUCAUAACUGCAUCUGUUACCUGUCAGAGCAGCAAAGUUAUCUGACGGAAGAAUCAGUUGUGAUCAACCCAACAAAAGAAGGUUGCUAAGAUGAUUCCCGACAUUGACCACUUCCAGAAUAUUGUAAUUUAAGAGGGAAAAAUAAAACGGAAGAGAGGAAAUAAAGCAAAAAAAAAAAAAAGAAUGAGGUGAAAGGAAAUUACAGGAUAGGAUGUCUUCCCGCACUGUACGAAGUAUAAACAUGAUAUAGCUGCAAUCCCCACAGUUAGCACUGUUCCACUGGGCCUUUAAAAAACAAGUUACAUUUGCACCUGUACUUGUAUUUUUGUAUCGUAGAACGCUUGUGUAUUUUACCUUUUCUUCUCUGAGUCAGAUGCAACAAGGCUAAUGUGGCCAAAGAAUGUCAUUGUGCUUAAGCUCAAAGAACAAAAACUCCACUGCACAGUAUUCUGAGACAUAGUAAUAAUUGUUGUUACAUAAAGCAAAUCAAAAAAAAAAAAUCAGCUGUGUGAGAAGAGAUGGCUGGAGAAAUACACGAUUUUCUUUUUAAAUAAUCUCUUCUAAAGGUUGAAUUAGUUAAGUGAUGUAGGUCUUGGAUGGUGAUGCAUAUAUUGGGGGGUGGGGUUAUUUUUGAUUCUUUCCCUGCAAUUCUAGUUUUGUUUUCUGACCCUGUGCAUUUUAACUUCAUUUAGCUACAGCCGCUUACAGGAAGAGUACCACAAUAAAUCCAGUCCAUUUCACAUCCUGUUAUUUCACCUUUGAACACACGUCGGUUCAUUUGUGUCGAUGGGAAAAAGUGUAACAGUCGCGCUGCCUUUCCAGUGAGGGGGAGAACAGACUUUAAAUUAUUGCAAAAGACGCUCAGGUGUGAAACCUUUUGUGUUGAGACAAUCAGUCACCUGUAAAUCAUUUACUGUAUUCAGCACACUGAUUCCUUCAACCCGAGCUGCAGCUUGGUGUGUUCGUAUGUGGACGUCAGAAUGUUUGUGUGUGUGUUCUGGUGCACUUCACUGUCUGCAAUAAACCUGUAGGUUUACACUGUAAAGAUAUUUUGCUUUUACCAAACACUUGUUGCACAUGCUUUCUGUUUUAUUGAUUUAUUUUUGUUAUUCUGUACUUAAAAUACAAUUCCUAUUCUUUCAGCA